AUGGCACCUCCUCCGUGUGCAUCUACUUCUCGAACGUUCGACGCACGGCGCGAUGAUAUAAUAGAUCUUGCAGAGGGGAUUAUACUCUUAACCGCUUGCUUUGUCUACAUCUAUGUGAUUGUGUACAUCUUAAUAUUGGGGUGGUUGAUUGAAAGAGAAGGUACUAAAAAGGAAUAUUUUCGCUUACGCGAUGUUGAACUCGGAAGGUUGCCUGCUGGAGAGCUCAUCCAAGAGCAAUCAGAUGGAGAGGAAAGCGGUUUGGCCAACGAUCACGGCCGCGGCUGA